AUGGGGACCAAAGCAACCUUCACUGAGCAAGGAAAUGGCCCUUGUGAAGCUGCAUUUUCCCCAAAGACGAAAUCCCAAGCCUCCGAAGGGUCCAAGGGUUCUCCUCAUAUGAAGCCUAAACCACCCUUCACCGUGCCCGUGGAAAAACCUAAACCAGAUCCCGAUCGGUCAGUAGUUGCAGUCAUCCUCCCUCCGGCGUGCCAGGCAGCCCCAGCGCCCGCUCAGACUCCACAGCUUGCCCAAGCCUGCACGGACAACAUAGCCCUAACCCUAGAGCUACCGUGCCGGGAGUCGUCCUGCUAUUUCGAGCAGGAUGACGUCGUGUAUGUGGAAGGGAUGGACGGUCACAUGUACCUCGUCCCGGUGCCUUUGUCGUCUUCGAAGGCUGCGGAAGACUAUCAUAUCAAGGGCGCGGGAAUGCCCGUGCGGAAGGGUGGGCGUGUCGUUGGUUACGGUGAUAUGGUGAUAAGGUGGAACCUUAUCUGUCCUCACAAAACUGCGCCUCCGAAACGCAAGAUUCUGAGAAGGCGACACACUUAA